UGUGCUAAUCUUUUCCCCCAUGUUAUGUUUGGCACAGGAGCCCUUCAAUGCAGAGCCACCGCGUUCAGUCCUGAUUUCGUCUUAUGUGACCCCUGUAGAUUUCUUUUACAAGAGAAAUCAUGGUCCUAUUCCAUUAGUGGAUAAUAUCGAAAGAUAUUCUGUCUCUUUAAAUGGCCUAAUAGAAAACCCAAAGGAACUGUUUAUGAAAGAUAUCAGGAUGCUUCCGAAGUAUAAUGUCACUGUCACUUUACAGUGUGCUGGUAAUCGAAGGACAGCCAUGAGCAAAACCAGAACAGUGAAGGGAGUUGGCUGGGAUGUUUCUGCUCUAGGAAAUGCUGUCUGGGGUGGUGCCAAAUUGGCCGAUGUUCUUGAACUUGUUGGUAUACCUAAGUUCAGCUACAGUACACAAAAAGGUGGAAAACAUGUUGAGUUUGUGAGCAUUGAUAGGUGCAAGGAAGAAAAUGGAGGUCCAUACAAGGCAUCAAUUCCACUAGGCCAAGCUUCAAAUCCUGAAGCAGAUGUUUUGCUUGCUUACGAAAUGAAUGGAGAAGUAAGUAAUGUUGCAUUAAAGAAGUUAAAAGUACAUUUUUGCAUACUGAAAUACUUGUCAUAUUAAACUUGUGAGAUCCCA